AGCUCUCUAGAUGCUUUUGGGGACUUCUUCAUUCGUAAUUUGGUGAAAACUUAUAAGAAAAGUCUGAUUCUUCUGGUUUUGGAAAAUGCUGGCCAACAUCUUGUAUAUUCUGCCCAUGCUAUUGGGGAGGACGUUCGAUGCCAGAAAUGAUCGUGUUGGAAUCGACAUAUUUCCUCAGUCUGAAUUGAGUAAAGCAAGGACAUAUCCAGAACCCGACAGCGUAUCCAAAUACGAAGUCACCGAAACGUCUGAAGAAGUACGGAAUCUUCUGGAGGUGUCUGCGGAUUUAGCGUUGAAAGUCAAAGCCGGAAAAUUGGACUUAAAAGGAACAGGAUCAUAUCUGAAAGAUACGUCAAAAACCGGCAAAGUGAUUGAAAUACUUACAAGGCUAAAAUUCACAACGGAGACCGUUGCACUGCCUCCUGACGUAACACCAAUCGCGGGUUGGUCUUUGAAAAACAAGAAAGAUUUGGGAACCCACUUUGUGAGAAGCAUAACGUAUGGCGGGGAGCUUCUCGCUUCUAUUCGGUUUAAAGCCAACGAAGAACAAGACUACGGCUCAAUCAGUUUAGAAGUUCAAAAUGAUUUCUCCGGAGGUGAUGCUGCGAGUUUAGUUGCCGAAGGCAAACUUGAAAAACUUCAGAGUCGACUGCGAGAAAAGGCAAGCAUGGAAAUAUCUUACUACGCGACAGUGCCAUUGAAGGGAGUCCCAAACACCAUUGAUGGGCUCAGAAAUUUAGUGACGGACUUUGGCAAACAUGUCACAGAGGUGAACGGUGGCAAGGGGGUGCCCAUUAGGGUAGAACUCAUGGAGCUGUCCUCGCUCAGUGGAGCCAAUAGUUCAGAUUUCUCUUUUCUGAAGGACAGUGCUCUAGAAAACGAACUGUCGGACUUAGAGAACGAAUUUGAUGAUUUAAGAAAAUCUCAAAUAGUGUUGACAAACUGGUACAGAAGUCUUCCAAUAUCAAUUGAUUCUGAGGAUGAGAAGAGGAUAAGCAGCCUUUAUACGCGAAUACAAAACGUUCUCAGGUCCUACUAUGACGUCAUUGGAAAACUUAACAUUGAGGCAGGACCCGAUGAGCAACUUGAACCAGCAAGGACUGCAUACGAAGAAGGGAAAUCUGCUUUGCCUGGGAAAUUUUUCAAGGAAGUCAGCAAGCUGCAGAGGAACAUCGUAAUUCAUAAUAAGAAGAUGUAUGGCACUGGAACAACCACAUACGUUCGCUGGGGUUCCAAAGAAUGUCCGAAAUCCCCCAUGAUAUUUCAGUUGGAGACAGGAUAUGUUUCUUCGAGCAUCAACAAGGGCACAGGUGGAGGAUCUGAUUACCUGUGCUUACCAGAAAAGCCAGACAAACAAGACACGCAACCAAGCUUCGAUGAUGAAUACAAAUCUUUCUUGGCUGGAGCCAAGUAUGGCUUACUUGAUGACCAUCCCUUCGAGAAUAAUGAUGUUAGGAAUUUUUACAUGAAAGGAAUUCCUUGCUCACUAUGCCAUCUUACGAACAGAACACUUGUCCACGCAUUCCCGGCAAAGACUGAAUGCCCAGAGGACUGGAUCUAUGAGUAUUCAGGUUAUAUGAUGUCUGGAUCUAAUUUACCAGGCACCAACAUUUGUGUGGAUGAAAAGCCCGAAUCUUACGAAAAACCCUCACAAGAGACGAACUCGAACAGUUUGACUCUCGUUCAUGUACCUGAAAAUGAUUUUGGAAUUUCAAAACCACCCUAUGUUAAAAAAGGCGUCUUCAAGUGUGUUGUUUGCUCAAAAUAAACGUGUGUGUGUUAAGCUCUA